AUGAAAACUUUUCUUCUAUUUGUCAUACUCAUUGGAAUAAGAGCAGUAAGAAGGAAGGAUGAAGAACAAUUUUAAGCAAAUUAAGAAAUUUUGCAUAAUGAUCCAAGUUUUGAUGAUCUAGAGGAAAUUGUAGAAAAUCCAUUGGGAGCCAAAGUUUUAUAAACAGUUGCUCUGCAAAUAAAAAGUGGAGAAGGCAUCGAUAGUAUAGUUUCUUUAUUGACAAAUUUAAAGAGUGAUCUUGAAGUAGAUUAUGCAUCUAUCAAAAGGGAAAAUAAAUUUAAUAAGAUGGAUCUAAUGCAGCAAUUUAAUCAUAAUGUAAAUCAGACAUGGACAGUUAUAGUUAAAGAAUUUAAUUAGCAGUAAAUGAAAUAAAUGAUGUUGAAUUUAAAGUUGGAAGAUUAGAAUCAGAUAUAGAAGAUUAUACAAGUGAACUAGAACUUAAAUAAUCUUAAAUAGAUGUAAUUAUUUAAAUAUUUCUUAUUAGACUUUUUAAGGAGCAGAAAAUUCUUUGAGAGAUUUAAGAUUAAAAUAAUCAGCAAAUUAUAACAAAAGAUUAGGUUAACUUAAAGAAAUGAUAAAUGCAUUUUAAGUUAUGCUACCUAAAAUGCAUGAAUUAUAUGAUAAUGUUUAAUAAAGAGAUGCAGAAGUAUAAUUAAGAUUAUUUAUAAAGUCUUUUGUUUAAGAAGAAGCAUUUGCUAAUUCUUUUGUAUAAUUAGCAAAUAAUGGACCUUCUAAUCCAAUUUUAGCUUUAGUUUAGGUUACUUCUAUGAUGGAACCUAGGUCAAUACAAACAAUUAUUGAAAAAAUGGAAGUUGUCAGAGAUUCUUUAAUAACAUCAGUAGAUGAAGAAACUGCUUUAGAGGAGCAAGCCAUUAGAGUAAAUUAUUUUUAUUUAUAUAUUAGGAUAAUGAUGUUACUCUAAAUGAAAUAUUUAAUGCUAUGUAAGCGUUGACUAGAGAAAAAGCAGCAGAUGAUGAAUCUUUACAGGAUACUAUAAGAACUAGAGAUUAAUAAUAAAAAAGAGGAAGUGAUGCUUAAGCUGAAUUUGUAGCCUCAAAGACAGGUAUGAAGUAAAGAAGAGGAUAAUGUUAAGAAUUAUUAGUCUAAUAUUAACAAAAUACCAUUUAAAGAAGUAGAGAAAUAGAGAUCAUUAAAAAAGUAUAAAUCAUUAUUUAGACUAAAUUAAAUGUAGUGAAAUCAUUCAUCCAAGAACAAUAGAUUUCUUGA